GCAUGCCCUACUGUGGUCCAGCAGCCUCGCAAGCCCCAUGCCUUGAAGCGCCUAGAACGAGCCCUGAAGAAGGACUCCCAGUCUGCCUCCCUGCCCCGGACAUGGCCUGCGGGUACCUGGCUCUCCUUCUGACCGGGGCUGUUCUGGCAGUCUCUCAGCCAGCGCUGGCCCAGCCGGACGCACUGCUGGUCUUCCCAGGCCAAGUGGCUCAGCUCUCCUGCACACUCAGCCCCCAGCAGGCCACCAUCGGGUCCUAUGUUAUGUCCUGGUACCAGCAGCAGGCAGGUAGCGCCCCCCGCUACCUCCUCUACUGCCACUCGGAGGAGGAAGACCAGCGGCCCCCGGACGUUCCCGACCGGUUCUCGGCAGCCACAGACGUGGCCCGCAACGCCUGCAUCCUGACCAUCAGCCCCGUGCAGCCGGAGGACGAUGCGCAUUAUUACUGUGCUGUUGCUUACAGCUCUGGUCCCUAGGGACGGCGUGGGGACCAGUGCCUGCCACCUGCCUCCUACUGCUGCCCCCAACCUCGGGCCCCUCUCACUCUCUCUCUGAGUCUUGCUUUCUUUCCUCUAUAAAGUGAGUUAAAAAUAUCCAACGUGUCCACCAUAGCUAUGAGAUCCUGAAAGAAAAAGUGACUGUGGUUAGGGGCCAGCAGGUGGUGUGGUGGUUAAGGCCCUGGACUCCCACAUGACUGACUGCAGUUCAAGUCCUGGACCUGGCAGCUUGCUUUCUUGCAAUCUCUC